AUGAGAAAUCCCAACACCCGGCACACAAAGCUGCUUAAAACUAACAACUUGGCCGCCCUUCGCCGGCGGGGGCCAACGGUCCUCCCGGUCUCCGGCCGGUCAGGGGAGUCUGGCGUGCGCGGGGAGGUUAUCGGGGCGCUGUCCCUGGAGCGGGUGAGGCAAGCGACCUCCUUUUUCCCCGGAGCCACUUCCCGGCUCAACACGGCCCCCUCACCGCAGGCCGAGCGCCGGAUUGGCUCGGGGCCGGAGACUGACGUGGCGGGACGCUCGACUCCCGCCCCCUCCCGGCCGAGAGCGUCGGGACUCACAGACCCACCGACCGUCCCGUCCCGUCAGCCGCCGCUGUACGUACUUCGCCGCCGACGCCCGACAGCUUCCCCCAGCUCUGGCCUCGCACCGGAAACCCUGGGUAACCACUGCCGGCAGAGCCGCCUGCUCCCGCCUCAGCCAAUCAAUGGCGAGGCGCGGGCGCGGGGCUUGCUGGGAAAGACGAAGCGAAGGCGGCCUUGGAGGCGGGUGAGUUGGAAAGGCGGGGGAGGGGAAGGACUACACGUCCCUCCAUGCAUCCGGGCGACCACAGCUCCCAAGAUGCAAUAG